UUUCCAUUUUGAUUUUAAUAUUUUAUUAUAAGAGUCGAAAAGUGGUGAUUAUUCUUAAAUUCUUAUUAUAUUGUUGUCUCGUAAAAUCAAUUGAAUGUACAAAGUUUGAUAUUCGAGUUAACGUAGUACCUUGAACCUAUACAAUAAUUUUACUGUUGUAUAUACAGUUUCUCAUAGUAUAUAAUAAAAAUAUAGUUGAUCUAAAUUGUAAAUAGUCUCAAUACAGCUAUCGUAGUUCGUACAUCCCAAUAAUUAAUUGGAGUUUUGGCUUAAUUUUUGUAAAAAAUAAUCUUCUAAAGAUUUUGAAAUGCUAAAUGCAUGCAAAAUUGUAUAAUAGUCUGAAAUCGCAGGGAUGAAGGGGAAAAAGGAACAGGAAUCAGAAACAACCGAGAAUGUAUGUCGUGAUUUCAUGCGCAAUGUGUGCAAUAGAGGCAAAUCUUGCAAAUUUUUUCAUCCUCCUGUCGAAGAGGAUAAGCGCAAAUAUGUAUUUUGCCAUGACUUUCAAAAUGGCAAGUGUAGUCGACACGACUGCAGGUUCAUUCAUUGUUCUCGUGAGGAUGAGGAGUAUUAUAAUCGGACCGGACGCAUGGCACCAGAAGUGUUGAGGACGAUUGAAAUAACUGGUGCGCCUCCUUCUGAUGAUAUACCUAUUUGUAAAGAUUAUUUAAAAGGCAAUUGCCAUCGUAGCCAAGCUCAUUGUAAAUUUCGUCAUGUAGAUCAACCGCUUGAUGUACCUGUUAGAGGUCCUAAUGGUCCUUUCAAUUCACCCCAGCCAGCGAUGCCACCUAACUUCGGUAAUGAGUUGUUCCGCAGACGCUUUGAUUUCGAUGAAGAGCCCGAUCCCAAGCGUAGGCGCUACGAAUUUGACAACAGAAUGCCGCUAGGGCGCCCAUUCCCCAAUCGCGACAUGGACUUUUCCGCGCCACCUGGGCCUGUGCAUCAACAGCCAUAUUGGUUGUUGCAAGAUGAGGUGGAAAUGUUGCGCAAGCGUGUGGCUGAGUUGAAAAAGCGCAAUGAGGAAUUGCAAGCGACUAAUGAAUUCUUGUUGGAGCAAAACGCACAGCUGCGCAUAAAUGAACAAGCGCCCCUGCGCAGCACCCAGCAAAUGGUGAGCGCUAUACGCACCGUGACCACAGUCCCAGUCAGCUUGGCGGCGGUGGCUGCGGCCGGCACACCCGUGUCCAUAGCUACCGUCUCCAUGGCUCCAAUUCAGAUACCACCUGUUGUAUCUGGGUCUGGCCCGCCGCCCCUGCCGCAGCCAACUAACUCGCAGCCUUUGGUAUCUUAUCCUAUUGGCAGAUCGACAUCGGCCCAACACUAUAUCCAACCUUUAUGAACAGUGGAAAUGGAAACGUUGCUAAUAAGAAUUUGACAUUAACAAAACAAAGAAUGUACAAUAUAUGUUUCAAUAAUAGAAUGUAAGAAACCAUUUUUUAUACAAUUUGAGUACCACAGUAUUUUUGACGGUGGAAAGUAAAAUCUCUUAAUCGUGAAAUGUAUAAAUUUAAUAAAAAAAUAAGUUACUUCAUACUAAUUUAAUGUUUCAUUUCUUAAUGCUAUUUGAAUUUUUAUUAUAAACGUCAGCAUUUGUUUUCUGAUUAAUAACACUCUUUUAAUUGCUAUUAACCUGUACAAAUUAGACGUUUAUAACAUUUUAUUGAAGUAAUACCAUCAAUUUUCUUAUCAUAAUAUAGUGUUUGUUUAUAUUACGGUGAAGGUCCUUGAAAAUCAAUCAUUAAAUUACAGUACAUUGGUAAAAUGUAAAUAAAAUAUUUAGUAGAAAAGAAAAAUUGUCAUACUGACAAUUUUUAUAUUUUAUUUUUCUCCUUUAUUGCCUCUUAACGUAUAUUUAUUUGAUUGAAAGAUGUUUACUCAUCAUGUAAGUAAGUAAUUAACUAUUUAAUUACUAUAUUAAAUGGUAAAGUGUAAUAUUAUAAAUGUUCCAUAUCUGAUAUUAAUAUUAAUAUAUACAAUUUUUAACAGAUAUACUCAAAGAUUAUCACUUUUCCAUUGAUAAUUAAUGUAUGUGUCAGUAUUUUUAAUAUUAAUAAUAAAUAUAAUUGGCAUAACCAAUUUUGUGAGUUGUGCAAAAAUUUAAUAGCCAAUGUGUUCUUUUACCUCUUUUCUACUUCCACAUACAAUCUUAAUUUUUAACUUUUUUUUUUUUGUCACAUGCUAUUUUUAUAUGUAAUUCAACAAUUUUGUUGCUAAAUCAUCAUGUUCAUAUUUGUAAACAUUAUAAUUUAAAUUUAAUUAAUUUGUAUUUCUUGCAAUUAAUAUUUAAAUCAAUUAAGUAGAUUAUAAAUGUAACUAGUCUUUUAAUUUAUGUUAUAGUCAAGUUUUGUAGAUUAUAAUAUAUAAUAUAUCUUUAGAAUGUUUUCAGUGCAUUAAAAAAUAAAUAUUGAAAAUUAAAAUAUUUUGAAAUAAA